AUGUCUUAUGACUUGAUUAUUAUUGGAGCCGGACCAGCUGGAUUAACUGCUGGAAUUUAUGCUAAAAGAGCCCUCUUGAAAUGCCUAAUUUUGGAAAAAUCUUUGUCAGGCGGGAAAUUAAAUAAAACAGCUGAUGUUGAUAAUUAUCCGGGCUUUACCUCGAUUAAAGGACCUGAAUUGGCUGAGGAAAUGACCAAACAUGCCAAUCAUUAUAAAAUUGAUUGGAAAAAAGAGGAAGAAGUGGUAAAAUUAGAGCAAAAAGAAAACAAAUUUAUUGUAAAGACAAACAAAAGCAGUACUUUUAUCAGCAAAACAAUCAUUAUUGCCUCAGGGGCAAUUGAAAAUGAAUUAAAGAUUAAAGGUGAAAGGGAGUUCACGAAUUUAGGAGUUUCCUAUUGUGCAAUUUGUGAUGGCUUUGCUUUUCAGGGCGAGAAGGUAGCAGUAGUGGGUGGUGGUUAUUCCGCUUUGGAAACAGCCCUUUAUAUGAGUAAUAUUGCCAGUCAAGUUUAUCUCAUCCAUCGGCGCAGUGAAUUUCGAGCCGAGAAAGAAAUAGUAGCCAAAGCUAAAAAUAAUCCCAAAAUAACCUUUCUCCUAGACUCUAUCCUAACCGAAAUUCAAGGAGAUGAGGAAGUAAAAAAAGUAAUUAUCAAUAAUUUAACUGAUAAGCAAAAAAGUGUUUGUGAUUCAGAAAAUUAUAUCGCUAUUAAAGACGAUUGCUCGACUGCUGUUCCAGGUUUAUUUGCCGCUGGCGAUGUAGCCAGAAUAAACAAAGACAAAAUUAAACAAGUUGUCACAGCCGUAGCGGAAGGAGCCAUCGCUGCCCAAUCAGUAAUUAAUGACCAACCAAUUAAAUCUGCCGAAGGAAUAAUCACCUACUUGACUAAAUAUUUAGUCAAAUCCUUUCAAAUGCGAGCCAAUAAAGAAUUAGCCGCCAAAGUUGGUUUAUUACCAAACAUGAGAAUUUACAAAUUUUUUCAAACUACUUAUGGUUAUUACAAAGGCAAAAGAUAUCAUCAAGGCGAAAAAAUUCGCAAACCUGAUUAUUAUACACAUUCAUCAACAAUGACUAUGUUUAAAGGCCCUACUGCUUAUACAAUUUUUCGGGAUUUUAUUCAUCCUGCCUUACGACUUUUAAAUCUUCCUAACUUCAAAGAAGUCUCUAAGUACCAGAUAAGAGCAGACACCGAACAAGUCGAACAGGACUUUGCUCCUUAUUUUAGUAAGGAAUUAAAAACAAACCAGAACACCAAAAGUGCUUUAAUUCCAAGCCCUACUGCUUAUACAAUUUUUCGGGAUUUUAUUCAUCCUGCCUUACGACUUUUAAAUCUUCCUAACUUCCAAAAAUUCUCUAAUUACCAGAUAAGAGCAGGUGAUUACGAAAAAUUUGCUCACCAAGCCAAAUUACCCUGGAACAAAGAAAUAAAUAAAUAUGCUCUUGGGGAAGAAGCCGGAGAGAGUAUUAAAAGUCCGGCCUGA